AUGGCUUCCAAUACUGUAGCCUAUAGUGGCCGUGCCCAAAUUGCUCAAAAUGAGUCAGACACACCGUUUUCAUCUCCUCUCUGGCCAUCCUCUCGCCGGAGUCCGUUUUUCUCUUCAUCUCCUUCUCUCUCCUCCAAUUCAUCUCUAGGAUCACUCUCUUUCCAUGAUGAUAAUUCUCCAACUAGUCCCACCAACCCUCCUUUUAGAUUCUCCGGAAUUCCGUUUUCUUGGGAACAUCUUCCUGGAAUUCCCAAGCAACAACUUCUCAAGAAAAAGGACCCUUCAUUAAAUCUCCUCCCACUGCCUCCGGCUGGAACUCCGACCCCCUCCAAGAAAUUCAAUUACCAAAAAAUUUCUCCAAACCCGAAGAAGUACAAUAAUGAAAGUUUUCGAAAGGAUCCGUUUUUCGCGGCAUUGGUGGAGUGUUCUAAGGAUGAUCGUGGCAUUGACACCAUUGGUAGUUUUUGGAAGGGCUCAAAGGUAUCAAGAACAUUAAGUGAUCGUCUCGGGUUCACAGCCAUGAAUGCUUCUUGCAAAAGGACUUGUGCGGUUUCAGAGUCCAUAGUUUAUCUUCCAAGAUCAAGCACCCAUGCUCUUUUCAAUAGUCGUUAA